GCAGCCUCGUCCUUUCAACACCUCGUGCGCAACACUUCCACGGGAAUUUAUUUUCUGUCUUCUUUGUUCCGCCACAACUCCGCGAUCUUAACUUUCUUCUGACGAAGCUUCUUUUUGCGAAAGAGGGGUUUUUUCUUGUUUGGGAUCGUCGACGACUGUUGCUGUUGGGUUCUUUUCUGCUGGGAGAUUGGAUAGGUUGGUAGGAUUGGGAUUUUGAGCAAGAGGGAAGGAUUUGGGGUUAGUGGUUCUAUUCACUACUGCACGACGACAAAGACUUCUGGAUACCUACUUCCUUCGACAACACAACACCCAAACACAAAUAUGUCGGAUACCGAGCCAAAGCCGGCCGAUGAGGUGAUGGCCGCUGGGGAUGAUGAGACGAAUGAGGAGGAAGAGAUCUCCGCCAUGAAGCGCCGCGUCGCAGAGAUGGAAGAAGAAGCCGCAAAGCUGCGCGAGAUGCAAGCGACCCUCGACCAACAGAGCUCGGAGAUGCACGAUGACAAGGAGGACAUUGAUAGUCGCUCGAUCUUUGUGGGGAAUGUGGAUUAUGCGGCGUCGCCGGAGGAGAUCCAGGCGCAUUUCCAGAGCUGUGGGUCGAUUAAUAGGGUUACGAUCUUGUUGGACAAGUUUACGGGACAACCGAAGGGGUACGCGUAUGUUGAGUUCACGGAGCCGGCCUUUGUGGCGCAGGCGUUGGUGCUCAAUGAGAGCUUGUUCCGUGGGAGGAACCUCAAGGUCGACCCGAAGAGGACGAACAUCCCAGGCAUGACGAGGGGUCGCGGCCGCGGACGCGGAGGAAGGGGAGGCUUUGGAAGAGGGGGUUUCCCGCCGAGGGGAGGAUACAGAGGAGGCUAUCGUGGGAGCUCGCGUGGACGUGGAUUCACUCCUUAUUAGAUGAUGGUGGAGGACGGGCCGGGACCAAUUGGAAACUCACUGUACGAUAGAGCAGGCCGCGAGGGAGAAGAUUUGGACCGGACCGCCGCCAUGAAUGGAGAUCAGAUCAGAUGCAGAUGCAGAUGAGGUGAAGGGAGCCAAAGGGAAAGGUGAUCUUUUGAGUUAAUGAUGCUGCUGCACUCCUCUGCGUAGUUAUUUGGACUGGUUUAUACACGCACACUCAUGGCCUGUGU